AUGGCAAAUACUAAAGAAGCGACCUUAGGGAAUGAUUCUAUAACAUGGAACAGAGAAAAUAUUGAGCAAAUAUCCGGAAAAACUGUUCUGGUCAUUGGAGCUUCUGGUAAAGACCGCCGAUUUGUGUGGAAAACUUUUAAGGAUUUGAAUAUUAAGGUUAUUCUUGUGGAUCCAAAAGAAAACAAACAUCUCCAUGAUAAAGUUGCUGUUUUGAUUAAAUACAACUACUCGGAAAAUUCAAUACUAGCAGAUGAAAGUCAUGGUGAUGCCAUUAUAAAACUUCUCGGUCCAGCAGUGAAACAACUAUCAGCAUGCUUCACUUUCGACGAAUAUUGUAUCCAUUUAACAUCAAUAUUGUGUCAGAAGUUAGGAUUUGUUGGCGUCAGUCCUGAUGUUGCCCUUAUGGUCCAGAGCAAACAACUUACGUAUGAUGCUCUGAGAAAAACAUCACGUGAUUUUGAUACCAAUCAAUAUUCCCCUCUAUCAUUCCAAAUAAAAAAUGUAUCAGAUAUUUCAAAUACAAAAGGCUUAUCAUUUCCAGCGAUACUUAAACCAGAAUAUGGGAAUUUUUCCGAGGGCGUAUCAAAGGUGUACUCAAUUGAUGAUUGUGUUUCUAAAUUCAACAUGUUACAAUGUACAUAUGGAAAGAAUUGGGAUGGGGGUGGCUUUGGUAGUUCAAUGGUUUUAAUGGAUUUUUUUCCAGGUAUUAUUCACCAUAUUGAUGUAAUAAUAUUUAAGGGUGUUUUACUGAAAGCGCUAGUCACCGAUAUGGGUCCAAAAUUACCAUAUGGAUUUUCUGAUACAACCACGUGUUUUCCAACUUGCUUGCCAGACAAAGACGUGGCUGAAUUAAUUCAAGCAUCAUUUGAUUGCUGCAGAAAUGUUGGGUUAGAUAAUGGUGUUUUCAAUGUUGAAAUGAUAAAGACUUCGAAUGGUUUAAAGAUGAUUGAAAUUAACUGCAGACCAGGUUCUUACCGUAGGUGUGUCGUCUUCAGAACAACGGACUCAAUCGACCUAUUCGUAACACUAGCUUUAAUUGCUGUUGGAAUCGAACCAGAGUUUCCCAAAACUAGCAAUGUGUAUGCAGUUGGAUGCUAUCUUUAUUCGUUCGCACAUAGUCGCCAAUUACAAGACGAAACUGUUCUGCAAAGAAUCAAAGAACUGAAAAAUAGAAAAGAAAUUCUAUAUAUUGAAAGGUCGGAUAUUUCUAAAGUUGAUGAAAUGUUUCCAAAGUGUUUUGCUCAUUUAGUUGCAUUUGACAAGACAAAUGGAAAACUUGCAAAGCAAAAGUUGAUCAAUAUUUGCAAAGAACUCGCCUUAUAUACAAAUGACUAUGAUUUAGAACAGUUGACAAGAUAUUUCUAUUAG